AUGGCAAGCUUCAACAGCUUUCCCGACAACCCAUACGCCAUGCCAUCCCUCCAAGCACCCGUCGAUCCUUUGUCCGUCAACGGCGGCGAGCUGGAAAAUGUCAAGCCGGUCGGCAAUACAACGCAAAAAAAUGCCAGCGAUGCUGACAACCUCCCCACGAAUCUCUACCCCAGCAUCACCACAGCCAAUCACCCCAACCUUGACCAGUUCGCUUCUUCCCACCUCAUCAACUUCGGAACCACCUUUCUUCCUGACUUGAUUAUCUCCGCAUCCCACCUUUCCCUCUUCACUGCUCCAUCCCCCGGCUCCUCCUCUCCGUACGGCCGAUCGAUAACCGACUGGACUUCCGGCCAAAUGUCAUCCCUACUCGGACACUCGCACCCAGAGAUUGUCUCCGUUAUCCAGUCCCACGCUUCGUCCCUCGACCACCUCUUCUCUGGCAUGCUUUCGCCUCCUGUUGUGAACCUGGCCAAACGGUUGACAAGUGUCCUGCCGGAUGGACUCGAUAGGACUAUGUUCUUGAGUACCGGUGGCGAGUCGAACGAGGCAGCGAUCAAGAUGGCCAAGACGUAUACCGGGAAAUGGGAGGUCGUAGGGCUGGGUGCGAGUUGGCAUGGUGUUACGGCGCAGGCGAGCAGCGUGCAGUACCAUGCUGGACGGAGGGUCGGGUGGCCAUUGGUUCCCGGGGGCAUGGAAGAAGAAGAAUGGGAGUAUGACUGGGAGACAGAAAUGCUCUACGGCUGGAGACUGAUUGACCAACAGUCAUGCGGCUCUCUGGCAGCCGUCAUCGUUGAGCCAAUCCAGUCCUCCGGAGGUAUGCACGUCCUGCCGCCCGGAUACUUGCGCAGGCUCAAGAUCGAGUGCGAAAAGCGGGGGAUGUUGCUCAUCGUCGACGAAGCCCAGACUGGUAUUGGACGCACCGGAGAGAUGAUCGCCGUCAAUCACGAUGGUGUGGUGCCCGACAUCUUGACCUUGUCCAAGACUUUGGGUAACGGGUUGCCGUUGUCAGCCGUCGUCACAAGCCACGCCAUCGCCGACGUUUGUGCGGAGAGGGACUUUCUCUUUUACACCACCCAUGUCAACGACCCUUUGCCUGCCGCUGUGGGUGACAAGGUGUUGGAGAUUGUUGUUCGGGAAGACUUGGUCUCGCACGCUCGACAGAUGGGGGACAUCCUGCACUCCGGGCUCAACCAGCUCAAGAAACGGUAUGCGUGCAUCGGCGACGUUCGAGGUCGAGGGUUGAUGGCGGGCAUGGAGAUUGUCGAGGAUCGAAGAAAAGGGAAAGAACCCGGCCUGGAACUCGCGAAGAAGAUCGGGGAUCGGGCGUACGAACUUGGACUGUGGUGUAAUCUGAGUACGCACCCCAGCUUCGGAGGAACUUUCAGGAUCGCGCCGCCUAUCACUAUUAGCGAGGAACAAGUUCGAGAGGGACUGGGGAUUUUGGAAGAGGCAUUCAGGGGGGUCGAGGGGUCGUUGCCGCUGUACUGA